AAAUCAUUACUUCAACAGAAAACGUUAGAACAACUGGACACAACACAACACAACACUACAGUACAUAAACGAAUCUCUCUCACUCUCUCUCUCUUCACAUGACUCGUCCUUUCAGACUCCUAGGCGCCGCCAACUCCUCGGCAACUAGCGAGCCGCCGCCGCCGCCUCCUGAACAAGGGGCAACCGUCGACUCCGACUUCGUCGUAAUCCUUGCAGCUCUCCUCUGCGCCCUUAUCUGCGUGCUGGGUCUCAUCGCUGUCGCACGCUGCGCCUGGCUUCGCCGACUCUCCGGCAGCUCUGCCUCCAACCCAGCAGAUACACCUCGUCCUACGCCUCCUGCCAACAAGGGCCUCAAGAAGAAGAUCCUCAAAUCCCUCCCCAAGGCCACCUUUUCAGCUGAAUCCUCUGCCAAAUUCUCCGAUUGCGCAAUUUGCCUGGCGGAGUUUGAGGUGGGCGAUGAAAUCCGGGUGCUGCCGCAGUGCGGCCACGGCUUCCACGUGGCCUGCAUCGACAUGUGGCUGGGGUCCCAUUCUUCCUGCCCUUCCUGCCGUCAGAUUCUGGUAGUUGCCAGAUGCCACAAGUGCGGCGGUUUACCCGGGCCGGGGGCUUCAACCUCGGGAACUGACACUGAGGCCAGAUUGAAGGAGCGUGAAGAUGAGGUCAAUAGGUUCUUGCCCUAGCCUCUCAGUCUCAGGGUUCCCCAUUUUUUCUUUCUUUUCAAAGUUAAUUCUAUUAGGUUAGCUUGCCUCCUGAAUUGUUACUACUACCACUACUAGCAUUUAGGUUUGGAUUUUAUUCGAAUUUCUAUGUAGUAGUAUUUGAUUUGGUGUAUGUAUGUAAAGUUAAGUGGUACUUAUGUAUGUAAAAAAUAUAGGCAGAAUUCAGAAUGUCAGAUUCCUGUAAGAACAUAAUUAGUUCAGAGUACCCACACAAAAAAGAUUAAUGGUUCAAGAAUGAAAAUUGAGCAACUUUUCAGUGA